AUGAACGAGAAAAUUUUUCUAGAAAUUGCAGAGAAGAUCUACACAAAAAUCAGAUUUAAUUCGAAGAAAAAGGCUUCAGAUCCUUCGAAAUUAGCUUCAGAUCUCCUUGUCGGUGGUGGCUACAACGAGGAGCUUGCGGACGAGUGGGGGGAGAAGAGAGAGAGAGAGUGGAGUGGGUUUCAAGGAGGGGUAGAUGGGGGUUUUGCAGCAGACGAAGAUUCGACCGCAGUGAUAGCCGUGGGUGGAGGCUGCGGCGGGAGCGAGAGGGGAGGAGGUGGUGCUGGUGCUGGUGAGAACUUAGGUGGGUUCUUCGGCGGUAGAAGAGGGAAGCCAAGUAGUCGUGCUGGUCGAACAGAUGGUGGAGGAGGCGCGGUGGAGGACGGUGGCCAACUAAUCACCGGAGAUUUGGAGAGAUAG